AUGGCGCACGAUGGUUGCAUUUCAGCUGACUUGGGUCGGGAAAGUGCGAGAAGGCAUAUGCGGGAGCGGGCAUUGGAUACGAGGUACCCGCCUAUUAUAGUGUUCCCUACGGCUACAUGUAACAACAUGAGGCAGCUGACAGAGUUCAAGACGGGUGCCUUUGACACUGGCCUACCGGUUCAGCCCAUUGGUCUGUCAUAUCCCUGCCGCUACAACGAUCUCUAUUUGGACGACAACGUAUUAGGGCUGCUGUAUAGGACCCUGUGUGAAUUCGUAAACAACGAGACUAUCACGUUCCUGCCCAUGUAUAGUCCUACUCCAGCUGAGAGGAAAGAUCCGACGCUCUACGCGGAGGGGGUUAGAAAGGUGAUGUGUAGAGAGCUGGGGAGAGUAGCGGUGCCCUUCGUAUUCGAAGAUGAGAUGCUGCGAAAUGCAUGUGGGAGAAAUCAGAUGCAUCUGUGUCAAUACCGACUCAUGAUGAAGGAUAUAUUUCAAGAGUUUAAUACGAGUGAUAGAGUGCUUGAGUAUUGGGUUUCACUACUACAUUCGGUAGACGUUGAUGGAGACGGUUUUGUGUCGGCCCGAGAUGUGCGCGAAAAAUUCCGUCUGGGUGCAGACGAGGCCAGAUGCCUCGAUCUACUUAUUCAAAUACUAAAGCAAGACGAUCCCAACGGGGACACUCCGUGGUCUGUUCCUGCAGAUGAAACGAAGGGAUGGUACUCGAAAAUAUUCGGAGGAAUUCCAGCCGUACCGCACCGGCCUGAAGAUGUGUAUGUUCCUAACGCCUUGGCCGUUCAUGAGAUCAUACCGAUGUUGCUCGUCCUCUACACUGCUCCUACUUCAGGGCUCCGGUGCGGCUAG